AUGAGUGUUUCCUUGUCUCUAACUGUAUUUGUGCUUCUUUUUGGAUCAGUGGUUUGCGUACCAGUAAACAAUGAAGUUGACGAGGAAUUCAGUCCGUACCACGGCACAUGCGUCAAAGUCCUUGAUACUCUUCAACAAACUAUUGCAAAACGAGAUGCAAGUCUAAUCAUGGACCUUUUCCCAGAGGAGUUUUUUUACUUGGGAUGCAAUUCGACUCUGUUGCGGGAUCAAUACGCUCAAUCGAUGUCAGUUCUUCCCAAAGAGAUGACUGUGUCCUUCCACCCCCGAUAUCACAUUGCUGUUGGUACCCUGGUCGCUUGCAACGCGGAUAUGGCUGUUGAGAUGGAGGAAAAAGUUCUAGAGAUUGGGAAAAAAACAAAGCACUUCAUGGUCCAAUUUCUCGUUGAUGGACUCAGCUCAACCAUCUUCAGAGCAAAACAAUUUGACUGUGAAAUGAAACCCGAUAUUUUCUAG